AUGGCGUCCAUCUCUUGUGCUUUAUUUAGGAAUGGAAGGAAAUUGGAUCCUGAGAACGCUGAGAUCAAUAUUCAAGUAAAAAAUAUCAAUGCUGCCGCAGGAGAGAUACUGGACGUUUUGGAGGAUACAAGCAAAGGAAAUGUGAUCUUCGUCCGUGGUUGGCAUGGAUUUGGGGCAUCAGCAACACUCAAGGCAGUAGCUCAACGCCUGAAAUCAUCAAAAUCAAACUUUGACAGGGUUGUUCAUGUGGAUUGCUCGCUGUGGAAAAGCAUGAGGGCCCUGCAAAAGUCGGUCGCGGAGGAGCUAGAGCUUCCACCAUCGGUGAUGGCCAUCUUCGAUCGGCGGGACGAGGAGGAUGAUUUCAGUGGGAUAGACGAAGGCUCUCGAGGGGUGAUACCAAAUAUCAGAACAGAAAUCUUCAGAAAGCUUGCUAGCAGUAGAUUUGUGGUGAUAUUUCACAAUGGGAGUGACAAAUACAUUGACCUGUAUAAGUGUGGUGUUCCGGUAACAUCAGUUUUGAGUAUCAAGGUGUUGUGGACCUGGCACGGGAGGUUUCAAUCCAAAUACAUACGUUUCCGUAAACGGACAAAGAUGGAGCUGCAUACUGAUGUUGUUGUCAAUUUUUCUCAUGAUGACUGCAUCCGUGAUGAAGCACUAUUGGAAGAGGCCAAGGAGAUUGUCGCUUAUAUGGGUAUUCCAGAGCCUUACAUGAACCAUAUAAUAGUUGACAAGUGUUUCCAGUAUGCCUAUGCACUGGGAUCUGUCAGUUGGUUCGGUUGGGGGAACUGGGAGGACCAUGUUUUUAACUACUUUGUGUGCGACGGGAUUAUACAAGGGCAAGGCGAUAGUUCGGCAUGGGGAGUAGCCGAUGCUCUACAGAGAAACAUGUCUAUGGAUUGGCUUCGUUUCCGCACUGAUGAUGACGUUCUUCGCCACCUGCAGUGCAGGCUUCAUGACCGCUUGCUUUUGGUGCAACACAAGAAGGGCCUCCUACCUGAUAAUAUUGGCAUGGAUCUUUCUGAGGCGACAUCCUGCUUCAUCUUACCAGAUAGCAACAUCUACCAGAUGACGACAUUACCAGAUGGCAUAUUCCAACAUUCAUACAGCAGCAAGCUGCGCGUGUUACAUCUCUCUUGGUGCGGCUUCAGUUUUGAAUCGCCUCCCUUCCUGUGUUGCAGCCAGAUAAGACUCCUUCAGCUGAACAACUGCAGAAAUAUCCCAUCUGAUAAGCAUCCAAGCUACAACGAAGACAUGUCAUGCUUCCAGAAGCUAUGGGUGCUGCACCUGAGCUAUACAGACUGGUAUCGAUUACUAUCAGAAGAGAUGAUGAACUUUAUGGCUGACCUCAGGGAGUUGUAUGUAGAGGGAGAUUGGGGCAUAAAUGAUUUACGUGGCAGGGGACCUUCCCUUGUCAAGGUCCACGUAGAAUCAUGGAACUACUUUAUUAAUCAUGCACCAUUCCCUGACCUGUCCAGCGCAAGCUUCCUCAAGACGAUCAUCCUUGACAAUUGUUUUGAACUGGAACAAGUUGUCCCCGGCGUGCUGCCCCCAUCGCUUGAGUCAUUCACCUUCAAAACUAGAUCUUAUGGCACCAACACAUCUAGCAUUUCCUUCCGGGGUUGUUCUCAGUUGAAGAGUAUACUACUGGUAGGAAAAAUGGAGAGACUCGAGGAGCUGGACCUCUCGGGCACAAUAGUGAAAACCCUUGACCUCAGGGAAGUGAGGGCCCGAAACCUCAAACGUCUCAUCUUGCUGGGCUGCGAGAAGCUCUGUGCCAUAUUAUGGCCAUUUAAAUACAGUAUGCCAAAGGUUUUGGAGGUACUGCACAUCAAUACCAUACGAUCUACAUCACCUGGCCAAGCUAAUUGGGAAGAAAAACCCAGGGAUCCUAUUGCAGCUAUGGGAUCAUCAUCUAGUCCUGUUGCUACUGCUAAAGAACAGGGCAUCCGUCGAUAUGCGUCCUUUGACUUUAAGUGUUACAUCUGCACAAGGGAUACAAGGAUCCUUAGGUCGCUUGAACCGGUUAAAAGAUAUAUUGAGCACAGUCAUAUAUAUAUGGAAAUGGGUUCAUCUCCUACAAGUGGUGCUACUGCUGGUGACAGUAAAGUUGCUCAAGGAAUCCGGAGUCUGUGUCAGCCUGAUAAUUAUUUAUAUGCAAGGGAUGCCUUCUUUCAAAGGGACCUACAGGCUGGCGCUGAUAAUGAAGGUGCAAUCAGCUGGAUGUGGGCUUGCCCAGCUACUCCUGCUCCAAGGGCUCAAGACUGGUAUGUUCACAUACAAGAUAAGCAGGAGGUGAAGAGGGGACUACUACAGCAAAAACAGAGCAACACUGAAGGAAUUAAUGCUAGUGCCGUUUUUCCUGGUUUCAUAGUUAACAAUGCUCGCAUGCUUCACGUGCAUGAUAGCUCAUCC